AUUAAAGAAAGAGAGAGGAAAGAGAUCAAUCUCUCUCUCUCUCUUAAAUCUCUUCUCACCCACUAUUUCUCCCAAAUAUCUCUCUCAGUCAACAAAUUCAAACCAACUCAAAGCCAAAGAACCAAAUUAAGUUUCAUUUUUUCUUCUAUUCUAAAAUUUUUCUAAGUUUUUUCUUUGUGUUUGAAAGAAAUGAAUAUGGUCGAAGUUUUGGACUCAACAACUUGUUUUAUGGUUGAUGAUGAUAUUUUGAAUUUCUCUUUGGAUGAAGAAAAACAUCCUUCUAUUUCUUCUUCUUCUUUGGAUUCUUCUCUCCCGGAUGAUCAUAGCCGUUCAUUUCAUGAAUAUGUAGAGGAAGAAUUGGAAUGGCUUUCAAAUAAAGAUGCAUUUCCAGCAGUUGAGUUUGAUAUAUUCUCCGAAAAUAUCCCAAAUGUCAUAUUUGAUCACCACAGCCCAGUUUCAGUACUGGAAAACGGUAGCAGUAUCAGCACUAACAAUAACAGUUGCAUUGAAAACGACAAGGAAAACGCGUUUAUGAUCGGCUGUGGCAGCCUACAAGUUCCUGUUAACUACCCCGCGCGUGCACGGGGCAAGAGAAGGCGAAGGAUUAGCUUCGCUGACUUGACAAAUGAGCGUUGUGUAUGGGGAAGAAAAUUGAAAUUCAAGAACAAUAAGCAAGAAUGGGAAUUGCUCUCAUUACCAAUGACCAAAGCUAAAAGAGCUAGCAUUGGUAGGAGAUGUCAGCAUUGUGGGGUCGACAAGACCCCACAAUGGCGUGCAGGUCCUAUGGGACCUAAGACGCUCUGUAACGCUUGUGGGGUCCGGUAUAAGUCUGGAAGGUUGUUGCCUGAGUAUCGUCCCGCGAAUAGUCCUACCUUUUCAGCUAAUUUACAUUCAAAUUCUCAUAGGAAAGUUAUGGAAAUGAGGAAACAGAGGAUUGGAAUAUAGGAGGAUUACUACAUGAAGUAUGUUGAUAUAUAGGGCAGGUUAAUUAGUGGUGAGUCUAUAGCAUAUUUUCUUGACCUUUUUUCUUCUUUUAGCAAAAUUAGUAUGGAGUCUAGGUUUGUUGUAAUGGCUAGAAGGUUACUGAACCAUAUUAUUUGUUUUAAUUUCCAUUAAAAUUCACUAGGGAAUUUUAAAGUUUCAAGCUAUACUUUUUGCUUCUUCAUUUGCAUGGUUUUGGAAAUGAUGAAAUUUUGUGUAUUGAGACGAAGUCUGGUUUGACUAGUUGAUGGAGAGUUACUACCAAUGAGAUGUUUUGAUGGUUGGGGAAGCUAGUUGUCUUCGUGUGCCCUACAGGUCACAAGUUCGAGCCGUAAAAGCAAUCAACAAUGCUUGUGUCGGGGUAGCCUCUCUUACAUCGUACCCCUUGGGUUACGCCCCCUUUCCCGAAUCUUGUAUGAAUACGGAAUGCCUUGUGCACUGAGCUGCCUUUUUGACGGUUGGGGAAGUUGCAGUUUGCUCUGAUAGAAGUUUUAACACUAGUUCUAAUUCUUACAGGUGUUUGAUCAUCUUUUACCUUUUCUGGAGUGUUUACCUGAUGUACUUCUUGUUGAGGUCUUCUUUUUGUUUUCUUGUUAUGCAAUGUACAUUUUGUUUGCUAGAUCAUAAAAUACUAAUGGAAGUUAUAUGGCAAAGUUCUCAAUUUA